AUGCGAAAUUUUCACAGAUUACAAGAGCUUACAAUAUAUUUUCACUCAGAAGGAGCUCAAUAUGAGACAGCGCCAUUGGUUAGAGCUCGUCAAGGAUUAUGAUUGCACAAUCCAGUACCAUAUGGGGAAGACAAAUGUCGUUGCUGAUGCCCUAAGCCGUAAGGUGAAGGGUGACUUGACGUAUGUUGUUACUCAGCUAAGCCGUCUUAUCCAGGA